AUGGUGCUUCUGCUGGGCUUCCUGCUCCUGUUGGGAGUCACAGAUUUCACUGGGAGUAUGAGCAUCAACACUCCAGAGCAGACAGUUCAGGAAGCCCAAGGGGAAACUGUGCACCUGCCCUGCAUGUUCACUCUUAGCCCCGAGGACCAAGGACCACUGGAUGUUGAGUGGCUUCGGCUUUCAGGACCUAAUAACGAAGUGGUGGACAAUGUGAUUAUUUUGUAUACCAUUGAUAAAAUUUAUUCUGACUACUACUACGACCUGAUAGGACGAGUCCACUUUACAACUAAUGACGUCGCGUCUGGUGAUGCAUCCAUACAAAUAAGAACCGUUCGGCCUUCGGACAGUGGCACUUAUCAGUGCAAAGUCAAGAAAGCCCCUGGUGUUGGCAUGACAACCAUUCAGCUGACAGUCGUUGGUUUCACUGGAGGUGUGAGCAUCACUACUCCAGAACAGACAGUUCAGGAAGCCCAAGGGGAAACUGCGCACCUGCCCUGCAUGUUCACUCUUAGCCCCGAGGACCAAGGACCACUGGAUGUUGAGUGGCUUCGGCUUUCAGGACCUAAUAACGAAGUGGUGAAUAAUGUGGUUAUUUUAUAUUCUACAGACAAAAUUUGUGAUGACUUCUAUCCAGAUCUAAAAGGACGAGUGCAUUUUACCAGUAACGACAUCGGGUCUGGGGACGCAUCCAUAAAUAUAACAAGUAUCCAGCUGUCGGAUGCUGGCACCUAUCAGUGCCGAGUGAAACAAAGCUCUGGCGUUGUCAACAGGAACAUCCAGCUGGCUGUCACUGGUUUCACUGGAGGUGUGAGCGUCACUACUCCAGAGCAGACAGUUCAGGAAGCCCAAGGGGAAACUGCGCACCUGCCCUGCAUGUUCACUCUUAGCCCCGAGGACCAAGGACCGCUGUUCAUUGACUGGAUGCUGCUCACUGGACCUGAAAAUGAGGUGGUGAAUCGUAUGUUUAUUGUAAGUUUAGCAGACAAAAUUUAUGAUGGCUUCUAUCAAGAUAUGAUAGGACGUGUGAAGUUUACCAGUGAUGACAUCCGGUCUGGUGAUGCAUCUAUAAAUAUAACCAAUGUUCAGCUCUCUGACGCUGGCACCUACCAGUGUGAAGUGUUCCAUGGCACCGGUGCUGCUAAGAGGGCCAUUCAGCUGACAGUUGUCGAUGUGGGCACAGUGGGUGCCAGGCAUGAAAGACUUACAAAGCAGGGAGGCAAACCACGGGGCAGCAGUGCUCUGCGAGUCUAUCCAGAGAGGCGCCUGCGCGGUGCCAUGGACAGGAGCGGUGCCCUCCUCUGCCGCAGAGGCGCCUGUGCAGUGCUGUAG